CCCUCCUCACGCUCCAUGGGCUGCUGCGGCUCCUCGCUGCGGGAGCUGGUCCACGCGGAGAAGCCGGCCAGGCCGCGGCGGCCUCCUUCCCCUACGCCGCCGCAGCCGUCCUUCGCCCUGAGCGCGCAGAAGGCCGCGCCGCCGCCGGGGGCGCGCGGCGGGGACCAGGAGGUCCCGGCGCUCGCGGAGUUCUCGCUCGCGGACCUCCGCGCGGCCACGGACGGAUUCGCGGCGGGGAACAUCGUGUCCGAGAGCGGCGAGAAGGCACCCAACCUCGUCUACAGGGGCCGGCUCAAGCGGGGCGCCGCGCGACGCUCCAUCGCCGUCAAGAAGUUCUCCAAGAUGGCCUGGCCCGACCCCAAGCAGUUCGAGGAGGAGGCGAGGGGGGUGGGCAAGCUGCGGCACCGGAGGCUGGCCAACCUUAUUGGCUACUGCUGCGAUGGCGACGAGCGGCUGCUUGUCGCCGAGUUCAUGCCCAACGAUACCCUCGCCAAGCACCUGUUCCACUGGGAAAACCAAACUAUUGAAUGGGCUAUGCGUCUCAGAGUUGCGUACUACAUUGCUGAAGCAUUGGGAUAUUGCAGCAAUGAGGAACGAUCUUUGUAUCAUGACCUAAAUGCAUACAGAAUCCUCUUUGAUGAGAAUGGCGAUGCUCGUCUCUCAUGCUUUGGUCUGAUGAAAAACAGCAGAGAUGGGAAAAGUUAUAGCACAAAUCUAGCAUACACACCUCCAGAAUAUCUGAGAAAUGGCAGGGUGACAGCAGAAAGCGUCAUAUUCAGUUUCGGCACUGUACUCCUUGAUCUUGUCAGUGGAAAGCGCAUACCUCCUACCCAUGCACUUGAUAUGAUAAGAAACAGAAACAUCCAAGCACUAAUGGAUUCACAUUUGGAGGGGAACUACUCAACAGAAGAGGCUACUACUUUGGUGAAUUUCGCUUCUCAAUGUUUGCAGUACGAACCAAGAGACCGACCUGAUAUAAAAAAGCUGGUUUCCAUUCUUCAGCCCUUGCAAACAAAAUCAGAGGUGCCAUCCUAUGUGAUGCUCGGAGUUCCGAAGCCUGAUGAACCAUCGAAGGCGCCUCCUAGUCCUACUCCACAACACCCUCUUUCUCCUAUGGGAGAAGCCUGUUCAAGGAUGGACCUAACUGCCAUCCAUCAGAUUCUAGUCUCGAUGCAUUACAGAGAUGAUGAAGGGAGUAAUGAGCUAUCGUUCCAAGAAUGGACACAGCAGAUGAGGGAUAUGUUGGACGCCCGGAAACAGGGCGACUUUGCUUUCCGAGACAAGGAUUUCAAAGCAGCCAUUGAUUGUUAUACUCAGUUUGUUGAUGUCGGGACAAUGGUCUCACCAACGGUUUAUGCCAGACGGAGCUUGUGCCACCUUAUGACUGACCAGCCUGACGCUGCCCUCCGGGACGCGAUGCAAGCACAGUGCGUCUAUCCUGAUUGGCCCACAGCUUUCUACAUGCAGGCAGUCGCCCUGUCCAAGCUGAACAUGCAGAGUGACGCCACCGACAUGUUGAAUGAGGCGUCACAGUUGGAAGAGAAGAGGCAAAAGAACGCACGAGGUCCAUGAAGAUCAUCUUGAACUUGGAGAAGCUGCAUCCCUUCUGUAUAUAUAUAUAGUCAGAGGCUUGCGCUGGUCCGAGAUGUACUGAUUGGUGUAGGAGGUAGAAGAUGUUUCACUGCACUGAAGAGUCUCGUGAAUGCGAUAAAAGGAGCUUGUUUUGUUUGUGGCAUACCUGUGAUAGGUAGUGCAUUCUUGGGCCAAUGUAUAUAACAUCUGUUGACGCAGGCAGCAAACACUGUCGUUCACUAAGUGUAAGUGAGUGCUGCUGGUUGUUUAGAAGGGUCCUUGUGUAGCUAAAGCCAAUAAACAUAUCUUGUCUGUACAGAAAAUAUGUGUUUGGAGGAACAUCAGCUCCACGGUACAUUCCAGGCU